CUAGUUAUCAUCGCGCACGUACAAUUACAAUGCAUGUAUCGCCCAUGUUACCAUUUCUAUAGAUUAUAUUUAAUCAGAAAAAUUUAUGAAGUUUAAAACGUUUUAUUAGUGUCUGAAACCUGUUCGUCUGGUGCUCGGUUUUAAACUGUGUUUUUUAAAUUAGACAAAAUGCUGAAAUUAUCACUUCAAGAAGCCAUGAAGAUCGGGUUUAUAGGUGGCGGCAGGUUGGCCUUUGCAUUGGCAAAUGGAUUUAUUUCCGCUGGUUUAGCAAAACCUGAUGAAAUCACAGCCAGUGUCCAUCCUGCAGAUAAAGCGAGCGCUGAGGCUUUUAAGUCUUUGGGAGCAACCGCCAUUUUUGAAAACAAGUCGGUGGUGGAGAGAUCUGAAGUAGUCAUUGUGUCAGUCAAGCCUGAUGUUGUUGGUCCAGUGUUGCGGGAAAUAAAAGAUCACCAGGCGUGUAAAAACAAAUUGUUUAUAUCUGUCGCAAUGGGAGUUUCCAUUACGAGCAUAGAGAAGGCUCUCCCACCAGAAGCCAGAGUUAUAAGAGUAAUGCCAAACACACCAGCACUUGUAACUCAAGGUGCUGCGGCUUUCAGUAGGGGCACCAGAGCUACAGCAGAAGACGCUAAACUGACAACAGAGCUAUUCAAAGCUGUUGGCACCUGUGAUGAAGUGCCUGAGUACCAAAUGGACGCUGUUACAGCUUUAAGUGGAAGUGGACCUGCUUAUGUGUAUAUGCUGAUAGAAUCCCUAGCUGACGGAGGUGUCAGAUGUGGCCUACCCAGGGAUUUGGCUCUUCGUCUUGCAACACAGACGACCUUAGGGUCCGCAUCAAUGCUUAAAAACGGAGGCCAUCCAGCUGAAAUGAAAGAUAAUGUGACUUCACCUGGCGGUUCAACUGCAGAAGGAACUUACCAUUUAGAACAAAACGGUUUCCGCUCAGCCGUUAUUGGAGCAGUAAUGGCAGCAUCUAAUCGUUGCAAGGUGGUAAAUGAAACAUUGAACAAGUGAACAACCUGUGGUAGAUACCUAAAGUAAAUUCCAUAUUGUGCUUGCAAGAUUUCUGUCAAAAUAAUUUAUCCCGUAACUAUACCAUCUUUGCUGUACCUACUUUUUAUUGAAUAUAAAAAAUGGUCUUACAGUGUAUCUAGUAAUUACAAACAAGUUUAGAAUAAUUCCAAAAUAAAAUUAUAAAUUAA